UCUAAAUGAAAAUAAAAAAAAGAUACAAUUAAUUGAAAAAGAAAAUUAUAAGCUUAAAAAUGAAAUUAUUACAUUGAAGAAUUCGGUAAAAAUGUUGAAUGAUCAACGCGUAAAAAAUGAUUGUCUUAUAAGCGGUGUAAAGGCGGAAACUGAAAUUGGUGCAGCUCAAGCUGUUAUUAAUUUAUCUAAAAAUGUUUGUGUGGAUUUAGAAGAAGCUAACAUAGAAGAUGCUUACUUUUUAAAAAAGAAGAAUUCUGCUAAUCCGAAACAAGCUCUAGUGGUGAAAUUCAGUUCCAAAGUGUCAAAAGCAAAGAAUCUCUUGAGCUUUUCAAUUAUGCAAAAACUUUGAAAUCUAUUGGGUAUCACUCUAUCUUCACAACUGGAGGGAGAAUUUAUGCAAGAAAAGUAGCAUUUGGAAGGGGCAAAGUCAUUAAGUGUGAAGAAGAUGUUGAUAAUAUACUUUUAGAAGCCACAACAAAAAAUAUAAGAAUGUCAAAAUCAAAACGUCAACAAGAAGUUCCAGAUGAAGAUUCUAAUUGUUCUGAUGAAGAAGCACAAUCUCAAUUUAUGUCGCCAGUCUAAAUUAUGUAUCUUAUCUUAUUUUUGUUUUAUAACUAAUCUUUUCUAUGAUUUCACAAACAAAUUAUUUCUCGAAUAUAGAAUCUUUUGAUAAUUAUAUAAAAAAAUUAAAUUUGAAUACCUUUAAUAUUAUUUCUAUAAACAUAAGAAGCAUUUCAUCCAUUGGCAAGUUUUUGAAGUUUAAAGAAUUAAUAGCACAGUUUGAAAUUUUACCCAAUAUUAUUGCUGUUCAGGAAACUUGGUUUCAUUCAAAUCUUAAACAAAUAUACAAUAUUCCUGGAUACAAUUCAAUUCAUUGUUGUAGAUCUGAUGGCUACGGUGGAAGUUCUCUUUAUAUAAAAGAAAACCUUCAAUAUGUUGUUGACUACUGUGAAAGUAAGCAGUUUAUUGAAGCUAUUCAAAUAUCUUUGCAAUGCAUUAAAAUAAAUGGAAAAUCACUAAAAAUUUGCACAUUUUAUAGGUCACAAAAAUGUGACAUAAAUGCAUAUUAUCUAUUUAUUGAAAAUAUGUUAAACAUUAACCCUCGUUCACCUGUCAUUAUAAUUGGAGACGCAAAUAUUGAUCUGUUAGAUGAUACCUUGUCAGCUGAUCUUUUAAAUACUCUAUUACAUUAUGAUAUCCAAAAUUGUCAUACAAUGGUUACGCGUCCAACUAGUGGCAAAUCGAUUGA